GAGAAAAUUUCGCUCGUUUGGGCACCUUGCUCCUGGAUUGGAAACCCCAAGGCCCGCGACGGACAUCCCGGGCGCACUCACGCUAACUUACAUCCCCUACUAACGGCGAUCAACUUGGUCGGCGCGACUGAGCCGGAGUAGCAGUGUGGUCCUUCGCUCUGCGCUUGUCUCUGAGUUCCCGAGCUUGGCUCUAUGCGGAGUGGCAUUCCAUAGGCUCGCGCUCAAGAGGAACAUGGACUUGGUGUCUGCACUCCGGUUUCCCUACCGGGAAUCGCGCGAUGGAUUCUGGGGCGAACAGACGUCUACGCUGAACUGGUGCGAAGAGGAUUACAGCAUCAGCUUCUACAUUGCCGAAGUAGUCAACACGCUCACGAACCUGGUAUUCCUGUGGCUAGGGAGUAAGGGUCUCUGGAAUGUCGUGACAUACUCCCACUCGAGGGUGUUCAUUCUCGUCUAUUUGGGGUACCUCGUCGUUGGCCUCGGGUCCAUGGCGUUUCACACCACCCUGAAGUAUGAAAUGCAGCUUGCCGACGAGCUGCCCAUGAUAUACACAGUUUGUAUCAUGGCUUUUGCCACGUUCUCGUACAGGCGGCCGGUGAAAGUGCAGCUUUUUGUUGCGGCAGCCUUGGUUGGGUUGGCUGUCUUCAUCACGGUUUACUACCUCUAUGCCAAGGAUCCGGUCUUCCACCAGGUUGCAUACGGUGUGCUUACAGCUGGUCUCAUUUUCCGCGGUUUCUAUGUCAUGGAGCGACAGUUGAGGCCGAAGUUGAGCCAGAGACGUCCUGUCGAAAGCGACCGGUACAUGCGAGAGAUGUAUAAGUUGGCAUUGACUGGCAUCCUCAUGUUCUUGGCCGGCUUCUUCAUCUGGAACGUGGACAAUAUCUUUUGCCAUCAUCUCACCGCCACAAAGAACGCAAUCCUCCUACCAUGGUCGGUUCUGUUAGAAGGCCAUGGCUGGUGGCACAUCUUGACUGGUCUAGGCGCAUAUCAUAUGAUCCUCUGGAGGGUCUGGCUGGAACGCUGUCUGGACGGGAGCGAGGGUGAGUUCAUGUUAGAUUGGGUACCUCUGCGGUCUGUCCCACAGGUUGUACCUAGGCGUGGCGCCUCUGUGAACGGUCCAAGGCAGAAAAAGACCCAGUGACCCGGUUUUGCUCACCUUCUGGGCGAGCACGGGCAGUCUCGGGUGGCUUGCACACAGUUGGGCUCCACGCACGGUGAUACCAUCCGUUGUGCCAACACGCCGUGCCCUGGAUGUCAAGCCACGAAUACGAAGUAAAUGCAGAUGAAGCCUGCUCCUGGCCACUAUACGGUUGACCUUGGGCAUCACCCCUGGGCUCUUGAAUGGAAAAUUAGACAGACAGCUGGACGAUGUAAGAUUGU